CCAUUUUCACGAUAAAUGCGGACGCAAAGUUAUGCAGUACAAAUGCGGAUCUUAAUAUCCGCGGACAACCAUCUCUAAAUGCCAAGAUUCUUCGUGUUGCUCAUAAAGGUUCUAAUGUCGAUGUUAUUUGCCAAACUACUGGCGACACUGUUGACGGUAAAAACACUUGGGACAAGUUAGCAGAUGGCACCUAUUGUUUUGAUGCUUACGUAAAUGGUGCUGCUGGUGUUCCACGCUGCGAUAGUCCUCCUCCAGCUAAUCCACCUCCGGCUAAUCCACCUCCUGCCCCAGCUAAUAAUGGUAAAAUUAAUGAUGAAGGUUUAAACCUUAUAAAAGAGUUUGAAGAUUUUAGGCCUAAUUUUUAUGGUGAUCCAGCAAAGGGUAUUAAGACUAUAGGUUAUGGUCAUGCUUGCCAUGCUGAUCCAAAUAAAUGUAAUAAUAUUCACGCUCCAAUCACUCCUGCACAAGGAGAAGCUUUACUUAAGAAUGAUUUGAUUUAUAAAGAGGAUUGCGUUAAAAGACUUACCACUGCUAAUAUCAAUUCAAACCAAUUCUCUGCUUUAGUUUGUUUUACAUUUAAUCUUGGAUGUGGUGGCUAUGAAACUUCUUCUAUACGUAAAAAACUUAAUGCUGGUGAUAUAAAAG